GAAUCAUGGGUAAAGAAGGAAGACAAGCUGCAAGAAACAGUGACUAUGCAGUAGCUAGAUUUAAAUUUCUCUCCAAAUUACUUUUUGUUCAUGGUCAUUUUUAUUACAUUAGAAUAGCUACCCUUGUACAGUAUUUUUUUUAUAAGAAUGUGUGCUUUAUCACACCCCAGUUUUUAUAUCAGUUCUACUGUUUGUUUUCUCAACAAACACUGUAUGACAGCGUGUACCUGACUUUAUACAAUAUCUGUUUUACUUCCCUACCUGUUCUCAUAUAUAGUCUUUUGGAACAACAUAUAGACCCUCAUGUAUUACAGAGCAAGCCUACCCUCUAUCGGGACAUUAGUAAAAACCGUCUCUUGAGCAUUAAAGCAUUUCUGUACUGGACCACCCUGGGUUUCAGCCACGCCUUCAUUUUCUUUUUUGGAUCCUAUUUUCUUGUGGGGAAAGAUACAUCUCUGCUUGGAAAUGGCCAGAUGUUUGGAAACUGGACGUUUGGUACUUUGGUCUUCACAGUCAUGGUUAUUACAGUCACGGUAAAGAUGGCUUUGGAAACUCAUUUCUGGACUUGGAUCAACCAUCUUGUUACCUGGGGAUCUAUUAUAUUUUAUUUUAUAUUUUCUUUGUUUUAUGGUGGGAUUCUCUGGCCAUUUUUGGGAUCCCAGAAUAUGUACUUUGUAUUUAUUCAGCUCCUGUCAAGUGGGCCGGUGUGGUUUGCCAUAUUCCUCAUGGUUGUUACUUGUCUAUUUCUUGAUGUUGUGAAGAAAGUAUUUGAUCGACAGCUUCAUCCAACAAGUACAGAAAAGGCACAGCUUACUGAAGCACAUUCAAGUGUCAAGUGCUUGGACUCCAUGUGCUGUUUCCCAGGAGAGACCCCAUGCACAUCUGUUGGAAGAAUGCUGGAGCGAGUCAUAGGAAGGUGUAGUCCCAACCAUAUCAGCAGGUUGUGGAGUGCAUCGGAUCCUUUGUAUACCAAUGACAGGAGCAUCUUGACUCUCUCGCCAAUGGACUCAUCUACUUGUUAAAGGGACAGUAGGACUCUGAGGACAAGUUCACCUUCCUCAGAUUUGGGGUCUUCAUCCUAUAAAAGGCCACACUGGCUCUGAAGUUACUGUCUGAAAUGUGGAGGAGUUGAGACCGUCUUGGAGUUCCACAGGAAACAGACAGUUACAUGAACCCUCUCCAUUCUCUUUAAUUUGAAUGCAACCAUACUAAAAUUUGGGAAUAAAGAGAUACUUCCAAUCUCUUUGUCUGGUUUGUCCCUUCUGCUCAUGGGACUCCUGGUGGCAUCACAGCCUUUGCUGGGGCCACUAUACUUUAAUAUAAAGGUAGAAGAAAGGGGUAAUUUCUGGGUAUAUGUAUUUUUAGGAUUAGUGUGGUUCGGGACUCUUCUAUUUAAAUAUGCUUCUGUAAAUUAUGCUAAAGAUUUGCCUUGAGAACUCUAUUUUUUUUAUUAGAUUAUAUUUGAAGCUUUUCGUGGGGAAAGUUAAUGUGAAUAUUAAGGAGUUUUGGUCCUUCAGUGACCUGUGUUAAUUCAUUAGUGCUUUUUAAGUAACAGAGCAAAUGAAGAGAGCAAGUUUCUAACCAUUUUCUUUUUCAGUGUGGGUAGUAAGCUUUUAUGACACCAGAGUCCUUUAUUGAUACAGUAAUACAGCCAGUGAAGCUAAUGCUGCAAGUGCAAAGAUAGUUUUACGUCUCUUGUCCAAGUCAGAGGUAGAACCAUUCACUAGACUUCAAAUUGGUGUUUGCUAUUAUUUUUGUGACCAAGUAUGUAAAAUCUUUAGUGGGUAAAUUACAUACCAUUGUCACAUUAAUUUACUGAACUUGUCUUAUCUUUUGCAUGCCUCAACCUGGCUAAUAUAUUUAAACCACCACCACCCUUGUUACCCAUGCCCUCUCCAAAGACUCUGUUCAUAAUUUUAUGACAAUGUUGUAAAGUUCAAUUGUAUCAAUAAAAAACAAGUUUGAACAGUAUUUAAAUAUUGCAAAUACAUUUAAUUAUAUAAAUUAAAAUAUAAGCCAUAAAAUCUUUCUUUGGCCCACUUGACUUUCUGUAAACCAGCCUUUAGAAUAAAGGAUUUUUCUUAAGAA